AUGGGAAAUGGUUGCUCAUGUCAAUGCUAAGCCAAAGGAAUGGAUGAAGUUGAACUCAACACCAAUCAAAAACAGUAAAGCUAAUCAAAGCCUAAUGCUAAAAUGGAUCCAUGCUAAAAUUAGGAAGCUGAUAGAAAAGAAAAAAUGGGGGCAAAUUUAAAGGAUGAAGACAUCGCUUAAAUGGCAGGAGCAAGAAAUAAUUCGAUAGAAGACAGUUCUUCUCCAAAACUAAUGAAAAGAGAAAAUGAUGAUAACAAACCAGAAGAAUAAUAUAUUUCUUUGGUUUAAUCAACAAAAGGAAAGUUCACAAGAACAACGUUGAGCGCUAUUGAAAUGAAAAAUGGAGGAGUAUAUGAAGGUGAAUGGAAAAAUGGUGUGAGAGAUGGUUAAGGGAAAUACGUUUGGCCUGAUAGAAGUUUUUAUGAAGGAGAGUGGGUAGAAGACAAAGCAAAUGGAUUUGGUAAAUUAGUGCAUGUGGAUGGUGAUAUUUAUGAAGGUUAAUGGUUGGAUGACAUGGCAAAUGGUCGUGGAGUUUAUAUCCAUAGUGGUGGUGCUAGAUAUGAAGGUGAUUGGAAGAAUGAUUUAUAGCAUGGGCAAGGAGAGGAAGCUUGGCCAGAUGGAGCAAAAUAUGAAGGUAGAUAUGAAAAUGGAAAGAAACAUGGCUAAGGAACUCUAACUUUUGCUGAUGGCAGCUACUACAAAGGGGAUUUUGUUGAAAAUGAUAUAACUGGUUAUGGAGAAUAUUAUUGGAAAGAUGGAAAAUCAUACAGAGGUUAAUGGAAUAAUAGUAAGAUGAACGGAAAGGGUAUCACUUAAUGGGCUGAUGGGAAAAGAUAUGAUGGAGAUUACAAAGAUGACAAAAAACACGGUAUGGGUAUUUUCUAAUGGGAAAAUGGAAGAAAGUAUGAAGGAUAUUGGUAUAACGGCAAAUAACAAGGAAAAGGAAUGAUCACUUUACCCACUGGUGAAAAAAAGGAGGGAAUGUGGGAAAAUGGAAAAAGAGUAAAGUGGUUGAAUGCAGAUGAAUCUCCAAAUGGUUGA